AUGGGACCGGCUGCCACCUCGCUCGCUCUCCUGUGUGUCUGUUCUCUGGGUGUGUCUGUUCCUACAGGGACGGCCGCCGGCACACCAACAAAGGCAUCCCUUUCAGAGGUGAAGAGGGUGCGAGGGGACGUCCCUGAUAUUAUUCCAGACACUGAACCCGAGCCAACCAGCCCAGUGUCAGACUUUGAAAACUCAUACAACUAUGUCUUGUCCAGAUUAGCCGGUAUGGACCAAGACAUCCACAAGCUGAAUGUGGGUCACUACACCCUGGAUGUUAAAGUCAGCCAGUUAAUGGACCGUCUGAUCAGGGUGGAUGCUAAAGUGGAGGAGCUGGAGGACAGCGUCCGGGAGGUCUACCGGCACAGCAAGGACAACCGCAAGGAGAUGGGAAGACUGGAAGGAUGCCAGAAGGGACACCGGAUGGGAUACAAAUGCUACCUCGUGUACAACAGCCACGUGGACUACGCCGGCGCGUCCCGGAAGUGCCUGGAACGCGGCGGCCGCAUGGCGAUGCCCCGCGACCGCCGCGAGCAGGAGGCCCUCGCCGACUACGUCAAGUCCUUUUUCCACCCGGGGAACUGGCCCGUCUGGCUGGGCGUCAACGACCUGCGGUCCGAGGGCACGUACCACUUCGACGACGGGACGCUGGUCUCGUACUUCCAGUGGCGCAAACACUUCCUGUCCAGCCAACCGGACGGUGGGAGGCGUGAGAACUGCGUGGCGAUGUCGUCGGACGACGGCGACUGGUGGGACCACUACUGCGAUCGGACCAUGAACCACAUGUGCGAGUUUGACAACAGGGAGGCACUUUAAAAACAACUGCCACCUUACUUUGACCUCCAGUCAUCAAUCCUUAGAAAUAAAAGCCCACUAUAUUUCCAGAUAACUUAUUUCCCUUUGAAAGACACUUUAAACAUAGCUGGCUUGUAUUCAAGGGCGGGGUUGUAUUCACGUCUCCAUAGGAGAACGAAUGUGUGAAUGUCAAGUAUAAUUUCACUUCUAUAUGCUAUUAGUGUUUAAGUAGUGUCCAUAUCUAUGUAGGAUGAAAACAUUUGGCCUGAGAAUAUUUCAAGGUAUUUCUGUUUUGUUUAAGGCGAAACAGAAUGCCCUUUUUAAUUUUACAAUGCGCACAAAUCCAUGUAUUGCCAUUUAAGUUCUGAAAGCACAGAAUAAGUAAGAGUAGGUCAUUUCAUCAGAUGAAGUUAGUAUAGUACAUUGUUUUAUUCAUACAGCUGCAGUGAUAUGAAUGUAAACCAGUCGGGACUCUGCUGGGAUUUCACGCCUGAAAAGUUUACAAAAGAAAAAGGGGAAAAGCUGGAGGCCCUUUCUUCAGAAUCAGCCCAUAGUGAACCUCUUGAAGAUAUAAAUCAAUGUGUAUUUGGGCUUAACAGCCGGUGCUUUGCUGUUACUUCUGAGCUUUGAAGCCGUUUUGAUAAAGUCUGGUCAAACUGCUGAUUCUUCAACAUCUCU